CUCUUACAGACAGUACGGUGACCGAAGCGUCGCGUUUACGUGGGGUAUUACAGUAACCGGUUGUCAGUGAUGAGUCAGAGUGCGUGGUGCUGAUGCUGCUGCCAUUUCAUCACCUUUGCGAGCGCAGCAUCCAUCCUCCACUCUCCUGGCUCCUGGGCCUACCUCUCAUCGGGCUCCCAGGCCAGCGAUGAGCUCGUGGCCAAGCUAGAUCCGGACCAAGCCCUCCUCUCCGAGGCCUCGGCGGGACACCACGUCCCGCCGACCCCAGGCCUGGACCAAGGAGAUUUGCCAAGUCGCGGCCAUGGAAGCCAUCUGGCUGUACCAGUUCCGGCUCAUUGUCAUCGGGGAUUCCACAGUGGGCAAGUCCUGUCUAAUCCGCCGCUUCACCGAGGGCCGCUUUGCCCAAGUUUCAGACCCCACCGUGGGGGUGGAUUUUUUCUCCCGCUUGGUGGAGAUCGAGCCAGGAAAACGCAUCAAGCUCCAGAUCUGGGAUACCGCGGGUCAAGAGAGGUUCAGAUCCAUCACUCGAGCCUACUACAGGAACUCAGUAGGUGGUCUUCUCUUAUUUGACAUUACCAACCGCAGGUCCUUCCAGAAUGUCCAUGAGUGGUUAGAAGAGACCAAAGUACACGUUCAGCCCUACCAAAUUGUAUUUGUUCUGGUGGGUCACAAGUGUGACCUGGAUACACAGAGGCAAGUGACUCGCCACGAGGCCGAGAAACUGGCUGCUGCAUACGGCAUGAAGUACAUUGAGACGUCAGCCCGAGAUGCCAUUAAUGUGGAGAAAGCCUUCACAGACCUGACCAGAGACAUAUAUGAGCUGGUUAAAAGGGGAGAGAUUACAAUCCAGGAGGGUUGGGAAGGGGUGAAGAGUGGAUUUGUACCAAAUGUGGUCCACUCUUCAGAAGAAGUUGUCAAAUCAGAAAGGAGAUGUUUGUGCUAGUCAGCCCUUUUACUUCCAAAACAUGCUCUCCCACUGGAACUUAAAAGUGAUUGAAACAAAUAGAAUUCUUAUGU